UGCAAAAGGCGAAUUAGAACAGCGAUCUUUAGCGUGCCAAAAUGAGCUGCUUAAGCAUUUCUGGCUAUUUGGGAUGGUUCUACCAAGUACCGUUUCACCUUUUAAUCACCCACAAAGUUCGACAUCGGACCGAUUAUUCGUUAAACAGCCCCAAAUCAGCUAUAAAGUACGAGCUGGCUAUUUGGGCAUGUUCACUGCAUGUUUUAUUUUCGUCAUUCUCUAGAAUAGUGACCAACCUGUGCUCCCCGGACCCCUUGUGGACAUCUUAGAGUGAUCUCACUGUAGUAUUUUCAUAUUAUUUGGCGUUACAACCACUUUUGGUUUAGGUUUGUCUGAACCACUCAUAAGCUUGGCUGACAAGCGUGCCUAAUUGGUGUGAUCAUAACUGGACAGUCACAAUGAUAAUUGACGACUGUAUUAAGAGACCGACUCCAUGAGCCAAUCCGAAUAGUAUCUGACUCAAAUAGUCAAUGCUUUAGAAACAAAUUUGUAAUGUAAACAAUUUUGAAGUUAAUUUUCAAAUGCUAGUUAUUUAGUGAAUGCCGGUCACGUAAUACAGUCAACUUGUACGACUUAACAUCAUGCCCGUCAUGGAUUCUAGCCCCGAAAAGACCUUACCUCCAUACGUGCGACUAAUUAUCCUGCUAUGAAUAAUCAAUAUGGCUCUUAGUGCCAAUCAAGCCCAAAAGUAAUACCGAAGGCGUAACGGUGCAACGCCAAAGAAGCAGAAGAAGAAAAUGUUUCGAAACUGAAACAUAACUUCACUUCCAUCUAAAGAGCAUAAAUGGAUUUAUGAAUCCAUUUCACACAAAGGCAUUCAAGUCAUUUCGAAACGAUGUCGAUAACACCGCGUUUCCGACACACAAAAGCGCUCCAAAUAUUCAAAUGACGCGUAUGCUCGCGAUCAGGAAGCGGAACCGCGGUCUAAAGUGUGACACCUGAUUCCGACAUCUCACUAUCAGCAGCAUCAAAUAUGCAAUCGAUCGAGCUACCGGUAGACGGGGUCACCAUCUUUCGCCAUUUACAUCUACCUUUUGUGUCACGUCUCUCAUAGUUUGGUGUAGGGAGAGGGUGGGUGGUUUGUAAAUCAAAGUAAUUGCGCAGGUAUGGAACAUGCCUUGCUUGGAACGUGUGUUAUCAAAGAGUUGAAUUUGUGUGCUUUGAAAAUUGAAUGAACAGUAGUAGUGACUGGUGUUUCGUCAUUUACAAAUGGAACAGAACGUUUCUGUCAUUACAACAAGUUUGCCAAAAGUGCGCCAAAUUUUACUCCACAACAAAUUGAUGUCUUGAAAAUUAUUGAAAUAUCAGCAUUCAUAGCAUUCUCACCGGCAAUCCUAAAGCGAGGAAUAAUUCUCGAUACAGCCACGUUAACAUCGCUUACAAAUGAUUAAACAUCGACGGAAGAGACAUGAAACUGAACGUAAUGAACUGAAGGAUGUGUUUAGUCGAGUGAAAAUAAGAAGUUUUUACUGUUUCUACAAACAGUGACCUAGAGCGUUAGGUGAGCGUGACAAAGCACUGGGUCAUGUGCCCAUUAAUGGUGGUAUGCCGGUUACGCCGAUGAAGAAGUUUUAUCACUCAUCAUAAAGUUCCAGUACCGUGCAAUACAGACGGCUCACUAACCAUGUUAGCUAAGGUAGGUAAAGUUACAGCAAACACGAUUGGCGCACCGAAAUUCCGCGCUACGCCUUACACGACCAAGGCUGCACGUGUGGCCGGAUGUAGUGAAUGUGCCCGGGAGGUUGUAGGGGCCACAACGGUUACACGCCCUACCAGCGUUGUCAGAGAAUGUUGGAAAGUUUUUGCACUGCAGUUGCAUAUGCUAAUACCGUUAAAUAGUAUCACCAAAGCUACCGAAGUUGAUGAGCUGAAAUGGUACAAAUCCCAUCGAAAUCCCAUCGACUCAUCGCCAUCACCAACAUUGAUUAACAGAGCCCGAUUGAUACGCAUCGAUCGAAUAUAUUCAGUAAAACAUAUUGCUACAAUUUAACUGCGCGUUACGCAAUAUUUACAAUCAGCAAUAAAUAUUCAAUAAUUAUUACCAGCACCAACGAGAACGUUACAUCGCAAAGGGCCAUUCAAUAGUGGGGCAAAUGCAGGGUCUUAUCGGCCAGGACCUUGAGUCUUCGCGUACGGGCAGCACAAUUAGAGUGGCGUCCGGUGUCGUCGCGUGGCAGGACAAAAGGCAUAAAACUAGGGCCCGCCAUCGGUUCGCGGUUUAGUGUGGCGUUCGCAGUGGAUCAAUCACGAUCGCAGACGAGUGGCCAUCCCAUUACACGGGGGCAGUGCAGUGCAAUAGCAGAGCGUUGCGUUUUUGUUGCGUGCAGGUGCAAGUGCCCACAAAUUGAACAACAAUUCAACAUCCAACGAGGCGUCGUGAAAAAAGGGAAGAAAUGACGACACAGUCGGGAUGUUACGAAUCCGUGACGGAUUUUUACGCCAACAAGGAUGUUUUUCUUACCGGUGGAACGGGAUUCCUGGGGAAGGUGUUGAUCGAGAAGCUGCUCCGCUCUUGCCCAGAUAUUGGGCGCAUCUUUGUGCUGAUGCGCAAUAAGCGCGGCAAAUCGAUCGAAACGCGCGUUACCGAGCUCGCCGCCUGUCCUCUGUUCGACCGAUUGAAGGAGGAAAACAAAUCUGCCCUGAACAAGGUGGUCCCUGUUUUCGGUGAUAUUACGCAGCUACGCCUAGGAAUGUACGAAGAGGACAUCCAGAGGCUGAGCAACGUUUCGGUGGCAUUCCAUUUGGCCGCCAGCGUCCGCUUUGAUGAUCCACUAAGGGAUGCCAUCAAGACAAACAUUUGCUCGACACAGGAACUGUUCGAGAUGCUUAAAGCUACGGCCCCUCAGUUGCGCGCUGUGGUACACGUUUCUACUGCGUACAGCAAUCCCGAGAAUCGCUAUGUUGAAGAAAAGCUUUACCCGCCAAAGUUUGAUUGGAAGAAACUCGUUCAAGCCGUUGACCGGUACGAACCGGAAACGCUCGAUGCACUGAUGCAAAAACUUUCCCAAAACUCUCCAAACACGUACACAUACACCAAAGGGUUGGCGGAACAGGUGUGCAAUGAUUACAGUACCGAGUUGCCCCUCGCCAUCGUACGCCCGUCGGUAGUGCUAUUUACUAUUGCCGAGCCGAUGAGUGGCUGGGUGGACAAUUUUAACGGGCCGACGGGAAUGCUGGUCAGUGCUGGGCUGGGCAUCACGAGGACAGCCUACCUGCGACCGAAAAAUCGCAUCAACAUCAUUCCGGUGGACGUGGUGGUUAAGACCAUCAUACUGGCGGCCUGGAAGCGCGGAACUAUUGAACGGGCCUGUGGCCCCAAACAUCUUCCCAUCUACAACAGUGCCGUCACAUACGAACAAUCGCUGGAGUAUCAGGAAAUGCUGGAUCGCGGAAAGGAGUAUCUGUAUGCCGUUCCGUUCAGCCGCAUGCUCUGGGUGCCUCGUGGAUAUCCAACGGAUUGGAAAACGUUGUACUACUUUAAGCUAAUUUUCACCAUGCUUUUACCAUCCUUUCUGCUGGAUCUCCUCAUCAGAAUGUUUGGCCACAAACCAUUCUUAAUGAAGUUACAAUCGAGAAUUUACGGUUCGGAAGUAUCGCUACGUUACUUUGUCCGUAAUGAGUGGGAAUUUGAAACGAAGCAGACAGAUAAUUUACCAUCCUUGCUAGACGAGAAAGAUCGAAACACCUUCGGAUGGUACAUGCCAAGAAAAUUAACCGGGAAAUAUCUCGAGAACGCGUACCCGACCAUCAGACGCUACUUGAUGAAGGAUCCGGACGAAACAAUUCCUUACGCCAAACGAAAGCUAGCACGUAUGAUACUCGCCGAUCGUAUCAUUAGCAUUAUCGUUUGCUGCUUAACGCUGGUAGCCAUUUAUAGGCGAAUGUUUGCUGAAAGUUUGUAGUGGUGCAAUAAAUAUUACGAGAUGUUCCCGUUCUCGUUGCAUAUAAUC